AUGGCAAAUGGCAGCGGCGGCGGCUCCUACCCGGGCGGCAGCGGCGGCGGCGGCGGCAUUAGAAUGAGUAACAAUAUCAACGCCAACAAUCUCAACACAGACUCGUCCUCCUCCCCCGUCAAUGUGCCCAAGAUGGAUGCGCUCAUCAUCCCGGGGACCAUGGAGGUGCCCUGCGAUAGCCGCGGACAGCGCAUGUGGUGGGCUUUCCUCGCCUCAUCCAUGGUCACUUUCUUUGGGGGACUCUUUAUCAUCCUGCUGUGGAGGACCCUCAAGUACCUGUGGACUGUCUGCUGCCACUGCGGGGUCAAAAACAAGGAGGCCCAGAAGAUCAAUGGUGGUGGAGAUACACAGGCAGAUGGGGCCUGCAAACCAACAGAUGAAAAAGAGGAGAAUGUGGCAGCAGAAGUGGGAUGGAUGACCUCCGUGAAGGAUUGGGCAGGAGUCAUGAUAUCUGCCCAGACAUUAACUGGCAGAGUACUUGUUGUCUUAGUCUUCGCUCUUAGUAUUGGUGCUCUUGUAAUAUACUUCAUAGAUUCAUCAAACCCAAUAGAAUCCUGCCAGAAUUUCUACAAAGAUUUCACGUUACAGAUUGACAUGGCUUUCAACGUGUUCUUCCUACUCUACUUCGGCUUGCGUUUCAUAGCAGCCAAUGACAAGCUAUGGUUUUGGCUAGAGGUUAACUCAGUGGUAGAUUUCUUCACGGUCCCUCCAGUGUUUGUGUCAGUAUAUUUAAACAGAAGUUGGCUUGGUUUAAGAUUUUUAAGAGCCCUUAGACUGAUACAGUUUUCAGAAAUUUUGCAGUUUCUGAAUAUCCUUAAAACAAGUAAUUCCAUCAAGCUAGUGAAUCUGUGCUCUAUAUUUAUCAGCACGUGGCUGACAGCAGCUGGGUUCAUACAUUUGGUGGAGAACUCAGGGGAUCCAUGGGAAAAUUUCCAAAAUAAUCAACCUCUAACAUAUUGGGAAUGUGUUUAUUUACUGAUGGUUACAAUGUCCACUGUUGGCUAUGGAGAUGUUUAUGCAAAAACAACCCUUGGUCGCCUUUUCAUGGUCUUCUUCAUCCUUGGAGGAUUGGCCAUGUUUGCCAGCUACGUCCCUGAAAUCAUAGAGUUAAUAGGAAACCGCAAGAAAUAUGGUGGUUCCUAUAGUGCGGUUAGUGGAAGAAAGCACAUAGUUGUCUGUGGUCACAUAACACUUGAAAGUGUGUCCAACUUCCUGAAGGACUUCCUGCACAAGGAUAGGGAUGAUGUCAACGUAGAAAUCGUCUUUCUGCAUAAUAUCUCCCCUAACCUUGAGCUGGAAGCUCUUUUUAAACGACACUUCACUCAGGUGGAAUUUUAUCAGGGUUCAGUCCUUAAUCCCCAUGACCUGGCGAGAGUGAAGAUAGAGUCAGCAGAUGCGUGCCUAAUCCUUGCCAAUAAAUACUGCGCUGACCCAGAUGCUGAAGAUGCCUCCAAUAUUAUGAGAGUUAUUUCAAUAAAGAAUUAUCAUCCGAAGAUAAGAAUUAUCACUCAGAUGUUGCAGUAUCACAAUAAGGCUCAUCUGCUAAAUAUCCCAAGCUGGAACUGGAAAGAAGGGGAUGAUGCAAUCUGUCUUGCUGAGCUCAAGCUGGGUUUCAUAGCCCAGAGCUGCCUGGCACCAGGCCUUUCAACAAUGUUAGCCAACCUCUUCUCUAUGAGGUCAUUCAUAAAGAUUGAGGAGGAUACGUGGCAGAAAUACUACCUGGAAGGAGUGGCAAAUGAAAUGUAUACAGAAUAUCUGUCUAGUGCCUUUGUGGGUUUGUCCUUCCCUGCAGUUUGUGAACUGGUGUUUGCGAAACUAAAGCUCUUAAUGAUAGCCAUAGAAUACAAGUCGGAAAAACGAGAAAGCAGUAUAUUAAUCAAUCCUGGAAACCAUGUCAAGAUUCAAGAAGGUACUCUAGGAUUCUUCAUUGCAAGUGAUGCCAAAGAAGUAAAAAGGGCAUUUUUUUACUGCAAGGCCUGUCAUGAUGACAUCACAGAUCCCAAAAGGAUAAAAAAAUGUGGCUGCAAACGGCCCAAGAUGUCCAUCUACAAGAGAAUGAAACUGGCAUGUUGUUUUGAUUGCGGACGCUCUGAGCGUGACUGCUCUUGCAUGUCAGGCAGUGUACAUAGUAACAUGGACACCCUUGAGAGAGCCUUCCCACUUUCUUCUGUCUCUGUUAAUGAUUGCUCCACCAGUUUACGUGCCUUUGAAGAUGAGCAGCCGUCGACACUAUCACCCAAAAAAAAGCAGCGAAAUGGAGGCAUGCGAAAUUCACCCAACUCCUCACCCAAACUGAUGAGGCAUGACCCCUUGUUAAUUCCUGGCAACGAGCAGAUUGACAAUAUGGAUGCCAAUGUGAAAAAAUAUGACUCUACAGGGAUGUUUCAUUGGUGUCCGGCCAAGGACAUUGAAAAGGUCAUUUUGACUCGAAGUGAAGCAGCGAUGACAGUUUUAAGUGGGCAUGUAGUCGUUUGCAUAUUUGGGGACGUUAAAUCUGCUUUGAUUGGAUUAAGAAAUUUAGUAAUGCCAUUACGAGCCAGCAACUUUCACUACCAUGAACUCAAGCACAUUGUGUUUGUGGGUUCACUUGAAUACCUGAGAAGGGAAUGGGAGACACUGCAUAACUUCCCCAAGGUUUCAAUCUUGCCUGGUACGCCAUUAAGUCGGGCUGAUUUAAGGGCUGUCAACAUCAACCUCUGCGACAUGUGCGUUAUCCUGUCAGCCAAUCAGAAUAAUAUUGAUGAUGCUUCGCUGCAGGACAAGGAAUGCAUCUUGGCGUCACUCAACAUCAAAUCUAUGCAGUUUGAUGACAGCAUUGGGGUCUUGCAGGCUAAUUCCCAAGGCUUUACACCCCCUGGGAUGGAUAGGUCAUCUCCAGACAACAGUCCAGUCCAUGGCCUCUUACGUCAACCCUCCAUUACAACAGGAGCCAACAUCCCUAUUAUAACAGAGCUAGUAAAUGAUUCAAAUGUUCAGUUCUUGGACCAAGAUGAUGAUGACGAUCCAGACACAGAACUGUAUCUCACGCAGCCCUUUGCAUGUGGAACCGCAUUUGCUGUCAGUGUGCUGGACUCUCUCAUGAGCGCAACAUACUUCAAUGACAAUAUCCUCACACUGAUACGGACAUUGGUAACAGGAGGAGCCACACCAGAGCUGGAAGCACUGAUUGCUGAGGAAAAUGCAUUGAGAGGAGGUUACAGCACGCCCCAGACACUUGCAAACAGGGACAGGUGUCGAGUUGCUCAGUUGGCUUUGUAUGAUGGGCCGUUUGCAGACCUAGGGGAUGGAGGUUGUUAUGGAGAUCUAUUUUGUAAAGCACUGAAAACAUACAAUAUGCUUUGCUUUGGAAUUUAUCGAUUAAGGGAUGCACAUCUAAGUACUCCCAGCCAAUGCACUAAACGUUAUGUUAUCACAAACCCACCGUAUGAAUUCGAGCUUGUGCCGACAGACUUGAUCUUCUGUUUGAUGCAGUUUGACCACAACGCUGGCCAGUCCCGGGCCAGUCUUUCUCAUUCCUCCCAUUCCUCCUACUCUUCCAGCAAGAAGAGCUCAUCAAUUCACUCCAUCCCAUCAACAGCAAACCGACUGAACCGCAGCAAGACCAGGGAUUCCCGGGAAAAACAGAAGUAUGUGCAGGAAGAUAGACUUUGA